AUGAAUACUUGGGAUAUCAAUCAUCCCAAUAUAAUUGAUUUACCUAAUGAAAUAUUCCUCAUAUUUUUCAAUAAAUUAAAUACAGUUGAUCUUCUAUAUUCGCUUGUGGAUAUUAAUGAGCGAUUAGUUUCUGAUUUACUUCUCCAUAUUCGAAAUCUUGAUUCGACGAGUCUGGUUAUGAAGUCAUAUUAUGAUCGUACUUCUUCAAAAGACAACCAUGUUCUUAAUAGCAUAUGUGAAAAAAUGUUACCUCGAAUUCAUCAUCAACUAAAUAAACUUGCUGUUGAGCAAGAUUCAAUGGAACAUAUUCUUCGUACUGUUAAUUAUCCUCAGCUUCACUCGUUAUCACUUGUUAAUUUUCAAGAAGAAAUACUUUUUCAAUAUUUAACAAGUAGAUUAUUUAGAGUUAAUCUAGAAAAUGAUGAAAUUGUAUGA